AUGGGGACUCCCGGGGGCCGCAAGGAGAUCUGGGAUGCUCUGAGGGCAGCUGCCUAUGCCGUGGAGGCCAAUGACCACAGCCUGGCCCAGGCCAUCCUUGAUGGAGCCAGCAUCACCCUACCCCAUGGGUCUCUGACGGAGUGCUACGAUGAGCUGGGCAACCGGUACCAGCUGCCUGUCUACUGCCUGGCACCUCCUGUCAACUUGAUCCUGGAGCGGAGCGAGGAGGAGCCGGUGGAGCCGGCCGAGCCCCUGCCCAACACCCGGCGGGAGUUCGCCCUCAAGGUGCGGCUCUCCACCGGCAAGGACCUGCGACUCAGCGCCAGCAUGGGCGACACCAUUGGGCAGCUGAAGAAGCAGCUGCAGGCACAGGAGGGCAUCGACCUGGCCUGGCAGCGCUGGUUCUUCUCGGGCAAGCUGCUCACUGACCGCACACGGCUGCAGGAGACCAAGAUCCAGAAGGAUUUUGUUGUGCAAGUGAUCAUCAACCAGCCCCUGCCGCCCAGGACCUGAGCCCCCCCCACUCGUUGUGGGGAGAGGGUAGGGGGCUGGGGGGCAGUGGCACCUCUGGGGAUGCACCAGGCCAUGUCCCAGCCCUGC